GAUGAAGGCAACUCUGAGGGCGACGCAGCGGCGAUGCCGGGGAAGAGGGACGUUCUGGAUACGAAAUCAGAGGCUGACGCUCUUGUCGGCGCGGAGUUUGACCGUGGCAACCUGCUGCUGGCCUUUCCUGAGGACUUCAUGGACAAUGACCCUCCCUGCCUACACUCUGGGGACCUGCUGAGCCUCAUCUUAGGAGAUGUCACGUCCCUGAAGAGCUUCGAUUCCCUGACGGGAUGUGGAGACGACAUUGCUGAGCCCGACAUUGCUGAGAGCACCAUCUCUGUGGAGCGCAGCAGAGACGCUGCUAAACGGAGCUCCUGCCUGGUCACCUACCAGGGCGGUGGGGAGGAGAUGGCCAUACCCGAGGAGGCAGAGGAGUACCUCCACCAGAUAUGGAGCAGCAACACGGCAGGGGACAGCAGCUACGGAGCCCAGGUGUCGAGUAGCAGUUUGGAGACACAUGCCUCGCACGAGGCGGAAGCCCACCCCUACGUGGGGGACGCGAUGGACGUCGUUGACCUCCUGACGCCACAGAGUGACCAGCAAGAGUCCGCCCCUAAUAGCGACGAGGGUUAUUAUGACUCCACCACGCCGGGGCCGGAGGACGAAGCUGGCGACGGGCUCGGUGAGAUCAAGAAGGACCGUCUUCCCAGAGACAGUUACAGCGGCGAUGCACUUUAUGAGUUUGACGCGCUGAUGAGUCCCUCUCACGGGGAGGAAUCCCUGUUUGAGAGCAAAGUCUCACGCCCAGUGAUCUUCAGCUACUUCUUGGACGUCUGCCUCCCCCCUGAGAAGAGCCUGAUCCAGAUGAUGGAUCAGAAGAGAGGGGUGAUGGAAACGGAAGAAGAGCGCUGGAUUGGCAAGAGUCAGGGGGGCCUUGGUGGCGAGCCGGUGGCCUCGCACGCCCCGAACAGGGGUGUGAAUAGCGGGGUUUCGGUGGCUAGAGCUGAAAGUCCAGAGUGGAGGGAUUUUCCAGGGACUCUGUGUCCAGAAAACUGUUACAACAGCCAAAAAGCCCAAGGAAGUUGCCUUAUUCAGCUCACGAGGAACAAUCCGGGGUUCGAUUCGGACCCAGACUGUGGGUUGUUUGGGGGCUCCAUCCACGGCGGCGUAGCCCCAGCCCAGGCAGGGAUGUUCCCCAGCUACAGGCUCCCAGAGGACGAGCGUGGCGGCGCGGAGCCCGCCCCCGGCGAGCCCCAGGUGAGCCGCGAACGCGAGCCCGAGCACGCUGUGAGCUUCUCGCAAGCGCUGGUGGAGUUCGCCAGCAGCGGGACCCUCUUCUGCAGCCUCUCCGAAAGUCUGGGGAGCUCUGCCUCCGGCUCUUCCUUCACCCAGAACCUCCCUGCCCUCCCCACCAUGGUCACCUUCGACGUCGUCGAUGUGGAGCAGGAAGGAGAAGGGGAGUGCGAGCAGCGUCCCGAGAUGA